AGUUUCAGGUUAUUGUAACCAAUAGUGGUGAAGGUAUUGUUUUUAAACGACAAAUAUUCAAGAAUCGUAGAUAACGGUUUUAAUUUGUUUUUAGCUGUGUGUGUUGUAGUUUUAUGAACAUGUCAGGGGUGAAUUCAAGGUUUAGAGAUCAAUAUAAAAGAAAUAUUUUGGUGUCUGAGGGUGGUGGAAAAUAUAAACGAGCCAAGAAGAAAUUAGAAGAUCGCCGUAUUUCAAGAAUUGAACAUUUCAGCAGGCAACGCAAUUUGACCGGCUUAAUGGAUGACUCUGAAACUGUCAGGACAGCAGUUGACUCACGCAAAUUAAGACUUCAGAAAUGGAAGGAAGAGAAGCUCCAGAAGAAGUUGUUAAUGAAGGCUUCAGAAAAACCAGCUUUUAAGUGUGGCAUUGUGCAUCAUAGAUUGGGAUCUCCAUAUUUUACUGAUAUCUCUAAUGUGAGCUAUAUUAAGAAGGUGCCAACACUUGCAAGACUCGGACAGAAAACUGUUGUAGCGAAGAAAAAUCAUUUUCCAGAUACAAAACAAUCCUUUGCUCCGUCAGACUUCAAAUUCAAGCCACCUAAAAUCAAAUCUGCAGUAUUGAUUGAAGAAGAAUCCAGGGUUGUUUCGGAUAGAAAGAAAGGUGUUUCAUCUAUACAGAAUGAGUGUACUAUUCAACUGCAAGAAAACCCUUUGCGAAGAGUUACUAGGGCUCAGACGCGUGCUUGUGGCACACGAGUACAGUAUAAUUUCACAUCUGUUCCGAAGGCAAGUAAUAAGCAGAAACAGAAGUCCCCACAAAUUCUACAAGGCAUAGGUUCUUCCAAAAUAGUGUUAGAAGCACCAGUAAUCAAAAAGAAUAGCACAGAAGAAUCUACUACACUUGUUAGUACAGAAGUUGUGAGAGGAAGUGACAUUCCAGAACCAGACAUAGAAGCUGAAAGACCUGUGGUUGAAAACGUUAACACUGAAGAGCGUACAGGACCUACUAUUAGAGAAGUUGUUGAAAGAUGUGACACUCCGAAAGCUGAAGCAGCUCCCUGCACACCUGUUCAAGCACAAUGGUAUCCAAUCAACUAUAGUCCUUUUGUGACUAAAGGCCGAGGCAGUUCGAGCAAGCGAUCACACUGUGUUUCUGAGAAAAGUCCUAGAGAUGAUUCUGCAAUUUCCUGUGAAAGAGAUAAAUUGGGGUCUCCAGUUUUAUGUUCAAAUGCAGUUGACACAGCAGAGGAAAAUCGACAGCAUGGCAUCCUAUACUUCAGGUCUGUUUUGGAGAACGAAACAGAAAGGUUACAGACCAUAUGUCAGGAAUGGCUUCAUAUUCAGUGUUCAGUGUCGGACAUACCACCAGAGACAAGUGACUUGAUCAAUGCAGCUGUGGGGCAAACACAACUCCUGUUGAAGAAGAAGUUCUCACAGUUUUGUGGUUUAAUUGAUACAUGUGAAAACGUUUUGAAGCUUGGCACAACAGCAGCAGCAGCAGCAUCUGUCACAUGCUCAGAUCUUGAUGGUUUUUGGGACAUGGUGUAUAUGCAAGUCGAGGAUGUGGACCUUCGUUUCAGUAAAUUAGAGAAAUUGAAACUGAACAAUUGGAAAGAAGACAUGGAUGUAUGUGAGAAUGUGAAGCAACCUGUAGCCAGGCGCUUAAGGAAGGUGCCAGUGAAAAAGCCACAGAAAUCAUCAUUACAUUCCAUGAUAGCAGCUGCAAGGAAGAGAAAGCAAACAGAGGCAUCUGAAAGCAAGGGAUUUGUCAGCUUGAAUGCUCCUUGCACUCCAGAACGAGUUGCUAAAACUAGAACUGGAUCCACACCUUUGCUGUCACGUCGAUCUAAGACAUCUCUUCUACAACACACAUUAGAAGAACACAAGAGAAACAGUCGUGGGUUAAACCGGGAAUCGAGUCCCAUCAUCAUGAAAGUGACUCAGAUAGCCAAGAUGUGUGAUGCUGGGAUAAUGCCUACAGUGCAGGUUUUAGAGACUUCUGAUGCUCCAAGUCCACUCAGAAUUUCUUCGGCAAACCAGAAACCAAGAAAGAGUAUUCUGAAGUCAGUGACAUGCAAUCUGCCUCUGCCUUUAAAUACAGUACUGAGUAAUGAUGAAAGUGUUAUUGGUGACUCCAUUAUGACAAUACAGCCUUCAUCAGUUGAAACUAAAGAUAAUGAAGUAUUCAAACUCAGAAGAAGUUCGAGAAGUAUAACAAGAAAAGUUAGAUUUGAAGGUAAGAGAGAGAUCAGAUUUUUAUAUAUAUAUAGAGACAAGGAGAACUUCAAGAGAAAGCAGACCACGUACUUCUUCUGA